AUGAGUCAAAUACAAAUUACCUCAUCACCAACAGUAGUAAAUUUUUCUCCAUCAACACUUUCACAAGGAAUUGAAUAUAGUACUACUGACUUUAGUACUAACACUAUUGAAGACUCAACUUGGACCCAAUCAAAUAUGCAAAAAAUAUGGGAUGCAUCUGAUCCAUGGAUUAGUCAAAUCCUUUCCCUUCAACAAACAAAUAACCAAAACCAAACACAACAAGUGACUUCACAACCACAACAAUCAUUUCAAAAUAUCCAACAAAUAUAUACCCAACAACAACCAAAUUUAGUUAACAAACAGUUAAUUCAAAUGGCAACACAUCAAAUGAUUAUUGAUCAUAUUAACCAACAAAAUGAAAUCAUUUUUGAAAAUGAGUUGAUAAAAGUAUUUGACCAUAUUAAAAAUUCAACAAAAGAUAUAGAAUUGAUUAAAUACAAAUGCAAAGAAUUAGUUAGUUCUAUAUACCUUCAAAAUAACCCAAACCUUAAUCAGAAUAAAGUUGUCAAAAUGAUUCAUGAUUAUGCUUUUAGUCAAACAACAUCAGAACAGUCUUAUUAUGAUAAGGUUGGAAUUAAAAAUGAAAUAAAACAAGAAGAUUUAAUAGAUGAUCAACUGAUAAACGAACAAAAAAAAAUUGAGGAAGAACAAAAUAAACAGCAAAGUCAUGAACAAAAUGAAAGUAGUAAAAAUGAAAAUAAUUAUUCAUUAAUUGAUGGAUGUGAUUAUCCUUUUGUAUAUGAAAAUCCUUAUUUAAGUGAUAAACAAUUAGAUAAUAAGAUUCAUGAAUUGGACAUAAUUGAUAAAUCAGAACAUAUUUUAAUUCUUGAAGCAUCUUUACAAAGAAAUAAAGACCAAAAAGAAUUAUGGAUUCAACUUGCUAUUGAAUUAAAUUAUGAAGAACGAGAUGAUAUUGCAAUAAAAGCAUUGAAAGAAGCAGAAAAAUGUACAGAUAAUCUUAGUGAUGAAAUGAAAGAAAUGUAUUAUGAAAAUUCUUUAUCUAUAUUAUUUAACACUGAUAAUAAAGAACUUAUCUUGUCUAAUAUUCAAAAAAAGUAUCAACUAACUACUACUUUUUUACAAAAAGAAUCUAUUGAACAAAAAGGAUAUAAAAUCCUUCAAGAAGUUGAAUCUAUUAAUAAUAGUCAAUGUUUAUAUGAUAAAGCUAUAUUGAAUUUAAUUAUUGGAGAUGGAGAAGCUGCUGCACAUUAUUUUGAACAAUUCUGGGAAAUAAAAGGGAGUAUAGAGUGGAAUAGAAUUGGAGUUGCUUAUGAACUAUCAUUUAAACAUCAAGAAGCAAUUAAUUGUUUUUUGAAUGCACUAGAAAUUGAUCAACAAAAUGCACGUAUACAUAAUAAUUUAGGAUUAUCAUACCAAGCAUUAAAUAUGUGGACAGAAGCAGUAGAACAUUAUUGUGAGUCUUUACUAAUUGCAGAAGGAAAUGACACAUGGGACCUUCUAUAUGUAGCAUUACUUAUGUGUGGAUAUGAUGACUUAGCUGAGAGAUGUAAAGAGGAGAACAGAGAUUCCAUGGUAAUAUCUGAUGUGUUUGAUACGAUAACACAUUAA